AUGUCCGAUUCAUCAUCAUCAUCAUCAUCAUCAUCAUCAUCAUCAUCAUCAUCAUCAUCAUCAUCAUCAUCAUCAUCAUCAUCAUCAUCAUCAUCAUCAUCAUCAUCAUCAUCAUCAUCAUCAUCAUCAUCAUCAUCAUCAUCAUCAUCAUCAUCAUCAUCAUCAUCAUCAUCAUCAUCAUCAUCAUCAUCAUCAUCAUCAUCAUCAUCAUCAUCAUCAUCAUCAUCAUCAUCAUCAUCAUCAUCAUCAUCAUCAUCAUCAUCAUCAUCAUCAUCAUCAUCAUCAUCAUCAUCAUCAUCAUCAUCAUCAUCAUCAUCAUCAUCAUCAUCAUCAUCAUCAUCAUCAUCAUCAUCAUCAUCAUCAUCAUCAUCAUCAUCAUCAUCAUCAUCAUCAUCAUCAUCAUCAUCAUCAUCAUCAUCAUCAUCAUCAUCAUCAUCAUCAUCAUCAUCAUCAUCAUCAUCAUCAUCAUCAUCAUCAUCAUCAUCAUCAUCAUCAUCAUCAUCAUCAUCAUCAUCAUCAUCAUCAUCAUCAUCAUCAUCAUCAUCAUCAUCAUCAUCAUCAUCAUCAUCAUCAUCAUCAUCAUCAUCAUCAUCAUCAUCAUCAUCAUCAUCAUCAUCAUCAUCAUCAUCAUCAUCAUCAUCAUCAUCAUCAUCAUCAUCAUCAUCAUCAUCAUCAUCAUCAUCAUCAUCAUCAUCAUCAUCAUCAUCAUCAUCAUCAUCAUCAUCAUCAUCAUCAUCAUCAUCAUCAUCAUCAUCAUCAUCAUCAUCAUCAUCAUCAUCAUCAUCAUCAUCAUCAUCAUCAUCAUCAUCAUCAUCAUCAUCAUCAUCAUCAUCAUCAUCAUCAUCAUCAUCAUCAUCAUCAUCAUCAUCAUCAUCAUCAUCAUCAUCAUCAUCAUCAUCAUCAUCAUCAUCAUCAUCAUCAUCAUCAUCAUCAUCAUCAUCAUCAUCAUCAUCAUCAUCAUCAUCAUCAUCAUCAUCAUCAUCAUCAUCAUCAUCAUCAUCAUCAUCAUCAUCAUCAUCAUCAUCAUCAUCAUCAUCAUCAUCAUCAUCAUCAUCAUCAUCAUCAUCAUCAUCAUCAUCAUCAUCAUCAUCAUCAUCAUCAUCAUCAUCAUCAUCAUCAUCAUCAUCAUCAUCAUCAUCAUCAUCAUCAUCAUCAUCAUCAUCAUCAUCAUCAUCAUCAUCAUCAUCAUCAUCAUCAUCAUCAUCAUCAUCAUCAUCAUCAUCAUCAUCAUCAUCAUCAUCAUCAUCAUCAUCAUCAUCAUCAUCAUCAUCAUCAUCAUCAUCAUCAUCAUCAUCAUCAUCAUCAUCAUCAUCAUCAUCAUCAUCAUCAUCAUCAUCAUCAUCAUCAUCAUCAUCAUCAUCAUCAUCAUCAUCAUCAUCAUCAUCAUCAUCAUCAUCAUCAUCAUCAUCAUCAUCAUCAUCAUCAUCAUCAUCAUCAUCAUCAUCAUCAUCAUCAUCAUCAUCAUCAUCAUCAUCAUCAUCAUCAUCAUCAUCAUCAUCAUCAUCAUCAUCAUCAUCAUCAUCAUCAUCAUCAUCAUCAUCAUCAUCAUCAUCAUCAUCAUCAUCAUCAUCAUCAUCAUCAUCAUCAUCAUCAUCAUCAUCAUCAUCAUCAUCAUCAUCAUCAUCAUCAUCAUCAUCAUCAUCAUCAUCAUCAUCAUCAUCAUCAUCAUCAUCAUCAUCAUCAUCAUCAUCAUCAUCAUCAUCAUCAUCAUCAUCAUCAUCAUCAUCAUCAUCAUCAUCAUCAUCAUCAUCAUCAUCAUCAUCAUCAUCAUCAUCAUCAUCAUCAUCAUCAUCAUCAUCAUCAUCAUCAUCAUCAUCAUCAUCAUCAUCAUCAUCAUCAUCAUCAUCAUCAUCAUCAUCAUCAUCAUCAUCAUCAUCAUCAUCAUCAUCAUCAUCAUCAUCAUCAUCAUCAUCAUCAUCAUCAUCAUCAUCAUCAUCAUCAUCAUCAUCAUCAUCAUCAUCAUCAUCAUCAUCAUCAUCAUCAUCAUCAUCAUCAUCAUCAUCAUCAUCAUCAUCAUCAUCAUCAUCAUCAUCAUCAUCAUCAUCAUCAUCAUCAUCAUCAUCAUCAUCAUCAUCAUCAUCAUCAUCAUCAUCAUCAUCAUCAUCAUCAUCAUCAUCAUCAUCAUCAUCAUCAUCAUCAUCAUCAUCAUCAUCAUCAUCAUCAUCAUCAUCACCAACAUUAUCAUUAUCUAUUUUAUGA